CAUGUAUUACCUAUUAUUCUUAAUUCCAAUUGCCUUUUCAAGUAUAAGCCCAGCAGAUUAUAUUGCAUAAUCUGAUCGUCCAAAGAUUGCAGCUCAUAGAGGACUCUGCUCAAUCUUUCCAGGUUCUAUCAUUUCUAUCAUUCAUUAGAAAACACCGCCCAAUCAUUUGAAGGUGCAAUGUUUUAAGGAACAGACUUUAUUGAAUUAGAUGUUGUACUCAAUAAGGAAUUACAAUGUAAUUUAUUAAAACAUUAAUCUAUCUAAUAGUAAUUGUAGCACAUGAUACAUUUAUGUCUUCUGUUUCUAAUAUAAAAUCAAUGCCAGAAUUUACAUCUAGAAAAAGAAAAAGAACAAUCAAUGGAGUUGUAAGAGAUGAUUGGUGGUUGAUUGAUUUCACUAUUGAUGAAUUAAAAAGAGUUGGAAUCAAUUAAGUCAGAGGAUCUACAAGACCUAAAAUGUUUGAUGGUCUUUUCACAUAUCCAACCUUAUGGGAAGUUUUAACAUAAGUAAGAGAUUUCAAUAAUCGUACUGCUAAUCAAAGAAAUCCAAACAAAAAACCAGUUGGCAUACUUUUAGAAAUAAAAGAUUACGAAGUAUACAUUUUAUCAUAUGACGUAGUAUCAUUUAGAAUACGCAGGAAUAUCAAUUGUUGAAUAAGUAAUUAAUGAAUUAUAAAACUUUGGUAUUGGAACCAUAAAAGAUUGUAAAAAUGUUGUACCAAUUGUCAUUAUGAGUUUUGAUAUGAAUGCUAUUAAAGCAACAAGAGAAUUAACAGAUCUUCCAAGAGUAUUCUUAAUGACUGGAUUACAAAAUCAACCAUCAACAUUUUAUGCUGAAGCAACAAAAUAUGCUAACAUAAUUGGAGCUGAUUUAGCCUCAGUAUGGAAUCAAAAGACAUAAACAACAUAACCAGAAGUUUAACUCAUUAAAAAUAAUUAAAUGAUGGUUUAUGCUUGGACAUUCUAAGAUGAUGCUACUGGAACCCAAAACAUGUUCAAUGCAACAAUUGCCAAAGAUAUUUAUUAUCAAGCAGUGAAAAUGAAUAUUCAUGGCCUGAUUACAGAAUUUUCAGACGUAGCAAUUUAGUAUGUUUAAUUAUAUUAAAAUUAAUGAA